AUGGAGCUUCAUGAUGAUGAUAAGGAUGGUGAUGAUGAUACUAUUAUUUACGAUGGUGAUGGUGAUGCUGAUGAUGAUUAUGAUGUAACUGAUGAUUAUUAUGGUAAUAAUGAUGAUGUAACGGGACCUGCUGAUUAUUAUAAUUAUGAUACUGUUGCUGAUUUCGAUGAUGGUGCUGCUGAUGAUGAUUAUGAUUAUGGUGAUGCUACUGAUGCAGGUAAAGAUUACGAUGAUAUUGCCGAUCAUGAUAAAUAUGAUAACGAUGCUGAUACUGCUGAUGAUAAUUAUGAUGAUAUUGAUUAUAAAGAUACUGGUGUUGGUGAUGCUGCUGCUAAUUAUGGUGGUGAUAAUGCUGAUAACGAUGGUGAUGAUAAUGCUGAUGAUUAUGAUGAUGAUGGUGAUGGUGAAGUGUUGAUCAGUCUGAAAGCUGGCUAG